AUGACCGCGCGGUGUGUGUUUCUGUGCUGUGUCGUACGUAUACUCUCAGUGACUUCCACAACCCAUUCUCUUAUCUACAUUUACACAGCGCUGUCUACCAACUCCAGAUCGGCGGCUUUGCCCAACUUUACGGCGAUAGGUCUAGUGGACGGUAGACCCUAUGAUCGCUUUGACUCCGUCAACCCAAAGAGAAUUCCCACAGUAAAAUGGGCUAGAGAACGUUUAUAUAGUGACUACUGGGAUAAGGGCACGAAGAGCCGGGUCAUGAAACAACAGUGGUUUCACAAAAAUCUACAUGUCAUGAUGGCUAGGACGGGGCACUCGGUGUCCGACGGUGAUAUACAUGUUCUACAGGGGUUACACGGAUGUUACGGGGAAACUAGCCCCACAGAGGAGAGGCUGCAGUUUGUUCGCGGGGUGGAUAAGUACGCAUACGAUGGUGACGAUUUACUCUCCUUUGAUUUUGAGAGACUAAGAUGGUCAGCGGCAGUUGAAGCAGCGAAACCCACGGUGAAGAAAUGGAACGGUGUGCCCGCGUUACCCGAUUACACCAAUGGCUACUUUCGCAACGAGUGUAUCAACUGGUUAACUACAUUUGUUAAGUACAGCAAGCGGGAAGUCAUAGACAGGACAGGCUUUCCUGACCUCUAUGUGUUUGCAGGAAGAAACUCCAGCUCCGAUAUUGUCACAUUGAUUUGUAUGGCGUCUGUUUUCACCACAACCACGAUUGCUAUGAAGCUCAUGCGAAACGACCGAGUUCUCAAUGCAGACGAUGGUAUUACAGUGUUUGACGUGCUCCCAAACGACGAGUACACGUUUCAAACACGAAUCGCCGUGGAUAUAUUGUCAUCGGACACAGGGAACUACACCUGCGAGUUUUUCGAGCAAGACACCGGGUAUCACAUUGUGAAACACUGGCGAGCGGGGGAUCGCUCACUUGUUCGGUCGAACGCCGGUGUGCUCUGGGUUCUACUGACGACAACCGCGUGCCUCACUGCAGCUUUGUGUGCGGUGUUGUGUGUAGCACAAAAGCGUAGGACCGCAGAAAGCGGAAAUGGUAAAGAUGGUGGCCCGCAACAUCAUGGGUUUCAGCAUGAGACUCUGGUUUGA